AUAACUUUGUGGGGGGAAGUCGAGCCUCAACUGCCAGCCGUUUGCUUCUUUUCUGAUUCUAAGUAAUUUUAAAAAUUAAUUAAUCUUUGCGUUAAAAGAAAAUGAUUAGCCUCGAAACAGAAGAAGAUAUUUCCGAGGAGAAUUUCAAUCGGCAAAUAUUUGAAAUUAAAGAUGAAAUAACUGACGAACUGGAACGAUAUUAUCUUCAGUUCCGAUCAACAAGCCAUCUAAAGAUUUUGGAUAUGAAACAACGAGCCGAAAAAAUGAUAACUGAAAUGCAAAAUAUGACAAAUAGCUUAGAAACUGAGAUGAAGGCUUCUGAAACUUCAAAAAUCAAAUCAGAACUAAUAUACAAGCAAAGAGAGCUGAAAGAAUUGGAUUUGAUUUUGAAAUAUUGUGAUAAAUUUGUUACAAUUCAUCACCUCCUUCAAAAAUUCAGAGACCUCAAUAAAAAAACAGACUACUUGGCAAGAGCUAAAACGUUAGAUGAAAUAAGAACUCUUUUAGAAAGUCCUGUAUCAACAAUUGAUAACUCUCUUAAUGUUAUAAAAGCUAUUGAAGAAACUUUAAAUGAUGAAAGCGAUUCUUUAGAAUCAGCUCUUCAAAAAGAAGUAGCAAAAAAGAUCACAUAUGUGAAAGAGAAAGUUGGAUCAAUGGAUCAUCUAAAAUUAAACGUUGAAAAAAAUUGGGAUGACUUUCAACCAAUCGUAGAAAGCUUAUAUCAUAUUAACUGUAUCCAUUAUUUAAUUCUACCAUUAGUAAAUCUUUUUAAAUACUUAAUUAUUCCUCACUUGGAGGGAAAUUUCCUACACAUCGAUGAUGGUACUCAAAACUUAAGAUUAUCUAUGACUGUCAAUGAAAAUAAAGGCAAUGUUUGUUUAGAGAAACGCGUAAAGAAAAUUUCGAAUCUUAUUCAAAGACUUUCCUCACUAUGGAAGAUGACAACGGGUGAUAACGAAACAAUAGGAUAUCAAUUAAGUGAACACGUUAGCUCGAAGAUUCGCCAGAGUUUGAAAAGGGCGUUUCAUGAUGAAGUACCAAGUGAUAAGAGAGAUUUGGGAAAAUUCCAGUCAACUGUAGAUUAUGCCUUCCGCUUAAUAGCAUUAUUGGGGGAUUUUGAACUGUGUACAGAAGAAGAUUCAGUAGUUUUGAAAGCCUAUAUAGACUCGAUAACUGAAAUAUGUGAAAGUAAGGAGAGAGACAUGUGCCUCUCCAAAAUUCGAUCAUUUAUCAUGUCUUCUAUUGAGUUAACUACUACAAUUGAAGAAGGUGAUAAUUUUGAUAUGCCUCGUUGUGUAGUCAGUAAAGGUGUUCAACAAGCUGUUGAAUUUAUGAGGACCAUCCAAGAUGAUCGAAAAAUAAAAGGAAUGCUUGAAAUAUGUUGUAAUGUCGCUGAAAGUUGGAAUAACAAGGAGGCUUUUAACUCAGCUGUUGCUCAUAAUAACUGCAUGUAUUUGGCUCAUAAUGUUUACAUUUUGGAAAUGGAAUAUUCUCAGGAUUUAAUCUUAGAUUAUGUUCCCAGGUUUCGAGCCAUUGCUUCCAAAUGCUUAUGCACUUCCAUUAAUAAUCUGAGAAACAUUAUAACGAGUGCAAUUAGAAAUUCUAAGCUCCAUGAUCUAGGUGAGGAGAGCGGGGGGAAAACUAGUCGACAAGAAGCUCGAAAAAAAAUUGAUGAAGCCGUGGAUGUCUUAAUAAAAGUUAGUGGAGAAUGUUGGCGUGACGUAUUACCCGAAAAUGUUCGAUUGAGUCUUCUCGGAAAUCUAGCCAAUAAUUUUGUCGCCAAAUUAUUGGACGAGAUUCUCGCUCUUGAUGAUAUUUCAGCAACUCAUGGAACAGCUCUUCACGAAAUUUGCAGUGGAGUUUUGUCUACCUUACCGUAUGUUUUAGAUGGGUCCGGUAAUAACAUUGCAAUUAUGUACCAGAGGAUUGAUGCUUGGCCGAAAUUAGAAAAGAUAACAUUUUUAUUAGAUGCAUCACUCUUCGACAUCACUCAUCAAUGGGCGGAUGGAAAAGGACCUUUAGCUGAAUUUUUAAAUGCGACAGAAGUGAAGAAAAUGAUUAAAGCAUUAUUUCAAAACACUGAUAAGAGAGCAGCUGUCUUAGCUCAAAUACAAUAA